AUGAAGUCCCUUCUUUUCUCGUUCCCGCCUUCUCCAUCUCUCUUCUUCAUAUUCCUGGUUGUAGUAGAUCUUCUUCCUCUAUCUUCAAGCGAUGCUAAUAAAUGGUACACAACGUGUGGUACUCUGUUCUACUGUGGCAAAAUUACUGCAGUGGAUUACCCUUUCCGGGGAAGUGAUCAACCUGAAACUUGUGGCUAUCCUGGACUAAAGCUAGAUUGUGAUGAUGGUGUUCCUAAUAUAGUGAUUAUGAAUGUGAAAUACCGCAUUUUGGGUAUUAAUCAAAAUACUAAAGUUCUCAAAAUCGCAAGAAAGGACUUCAUGGAGGAUAUUUGUGUAGAUAAAUUUAUCAAUACAACCCUUGAUUCCACACUAUUUGAGUAUGCUUCAGGUUAUGAAAAUGUUGCAUUUAUGUAUGGUUGUCCACCUUCUGAUGUACCUAUCCCGGGACAAUUCACUUGUCCCAUUGAUGGGGUUGCUUACACAGAUGGUCAUGUUAGGGUUGGAGCUCAAGGCCCCGGGGCAUGUCACGCUAGCGUUGUUGUGCCCAUUCCAGGCAGAUUUAUUGGGGAAGUUCUGAAUUUGUCGCGGUUAAGUCAAGUCAUUAGAGACGGGUUUGAGGUGAGAUGGAAGGUGGAUGGUACAUCAUGCAGUGAAUGCAUAAGCUCAGAUGGGCGAUGCGGAUAUGACCGUGUUUUGAAUCAAUUUUCUUGCUUUUGCCCAAAUCAGUCUACUGGGUCCAAGACGUGCAAUGCUUCACUGGCUCGAGAAGGUAGCACCCAGGGAGCUUCUCCGACAGCACCAGAUUUUGUGUAUACACUUUCUAAAUUGACUGUGGUUGAUGUUUGA